UGUAAUAUUCACUAGAGGCUAUAACAUAUAAUAAUACGAUAUCUUUUUUCCAUUGUUCAGUAGGCGAUGGAGAUAAAGGAAGAAAACAAACUCCCCAAUUCUGGAAUUCCAGAGUGCGCUGGUUGUCAGAAAGUUAUUCGAGAGAGAUAUCUAUUAAAGGCUCUGGACCAGUUCUGGCACGAGGACUGUCUCAAGUGUACCUGUUGUGACUGUAGACUUGGAGAGGUGGGCUCCACUCUCUUCACCAAGGCCAAUCUCAUCCUCUGUAAGAGAGAUUAUCUCAGGUUAUUUGGAACAACAGGGUUAUGUUCAGCUUGUAACAAAACCAUCCCAGCCUUCGAGAUGGUGAUGAGAGCCAGAGGAAACGUGUAUCAUCUGGAGUGUUUCGCUUGUCAGCAGUGUAACCACAGGUUUUGCGUGGGAGACAGGUUCUACCUGCACGAGAACAAGAUACUGUGUGAGUACGACUACGAGGAGAGAAUGGUAUUUGCCAACAUGUCGUCCGACAGUAUUGCCCAGAUGAAACGACAAGCAGCGAGGAUCGGAUUGAGUCGCUCAGUGGAGACUUGUAGUGGUUAUGGAAGUACAGAACCAGUUUGUGGUGAAGCGAAAUGACAAACUACAAACAGGCGAAAUCUACUUUACUAAAGAUCCGAGAGGACCUUGAUCCCCCAGAAUCUGGUGAUGAAGAACAACUAUGUCGUUGGCUAAGUGAGGUCAUAAUCACGUGACAUAGUUAUAUAUGUAUCACUGACAGCUGGUUUGCGCUCUCCAGGAGACUUUAGAUAAAUUGAGUUCGGUUUCUGCCUGUCAGAGUGUAAAUUCUUAAAAGAAACCCUAUGUGCAAUACUUAUUUUGAUCUAAUGAUCUAAAUAAAAUUACCGCCGCUUCCCACUCCUUCUUCUGAAUAACAGCUGGAUAAAAAUAACUUAAAUGACUUUUCUGUAUUACUAUAACACUGACUGUGACUGCUUGCUUAAUGUUUCAUGUUCGGAAUUCCUUUAUUUUUCUCGUAAAAGUUUAAUUGAAAAUGUUUAAGCGAUAUUAAUCAACAAAGUCACGGAACAGACAACAAAAAGUAAUAACAUAUUGUAAAAUUAGAUCUUUCAUAUAUCUUACUAUUACCCAUAAUACAAAAUAACCUUAAUACUUAAUGAUAAUGUAAUAACAUAUUGUAAAAUUAGAUCUUUCAUAUAUCUUACUAUUACCCAUAAUACAAAAUAACCUUCAUACUUAACAAUAACGUAAUAAGAACCUAAAACAAAUCAUAAGAUAAUAUAACCAUCACAUUAAACACGUCAUAAAAUAACCUUCUUACAAAGCCGUAGCAUAACUUUUAUAUAAACCAAAACAUAACAUAAUCUCAAUCCAAACAACGAUGAUAGAAUACCCUUAAUACAAUCAAUAUACCCUUAACAAAAUGUAACGUAAUUUUUUUUUUCAUAUUGAAAUAGUUUUUGUAUAUUUCAAUAAUUAUCGGUUGUUGGCCUUUUAGGAUUCUAUAGUUUAAUCCUUUUGUUGUUACGUGCGUAUUUCAUCGCUUGUUAAUCUUCUAGACUUCCGAAAUAAUUGGUACAUUACUUCAAUUGCUUCUUCCCGUCAUUCUUUUUGUGAAAUUCUUGGCUAAACACGUGAGGAACGAUACGAUUGUUAGACAUAGUGAUAAGUAUUUAACGUGUUAAUCGAACAGUCAUCACUCAAACACUAUUGCUUUUAACCAAUGACCGGGAUUGAUAACAUUUGUGUAGAACGAAAUAGAAGCACUGUUCAAUAUAACUCUUUAAAGAACGUCAAAUCACUAAGAAAGUAAGAACCCUAAAUCCGAGACCUUUCUUCUUCAGGUUUGUUUGCUUAGCAAAGUUACACAAUGGGCUAUCUGCACGUUGUCCACCACAGGGAAUCGAACUCCGGAUUUUAGUGUUAUAAGUCCUAGAACUCACCGCUAACACAAAGGGAACCGGGAGGAUGAAGAAAAACGUUUGGAUUGUUUAGGGUUUUCUCUUUCUUCGAUACAUAUUCCUUGAAACUAUUACAAAUUACUCAGUGAUGUAACAAUAAGGACGAUGAUUGUUUUUUCAAAUAUUUAUGUUUUACAAGUUGAUAUGACCUUAUAUCUUAUACUUAGGACUAACCUAGACUUCAUAAGCUGGCCUUGUGAGAUACUACAGGAUUUAUGGCCGAAAAUGCCGUUAGCACUCAACUGAUGAAACGAAGCGUUAUAAUUAAUUUAGAUAUUAAAAAUUAAUAUUAGGCCUAUUAUAUUUUUUAACAUUGCAAUACAUGUAUCUAGUCGCUUAGUAGCUCCCCCUCCCCUCCAGUGGCACGGUGGUAAGUCUGAAAAAAAACCAGGUUUCGAUACCCGUGGUGGGCACAGCACAGAUAGCUCAAUGUGUAGCUUUGUGUUUAAUUACAAACAAAAGUGAAAAUAAAAUAAAUAAAUAAGUAUAUAUAAAAUAGGCCUAAUACUAACGUCUGAUGACAAGUAUGAUUAAUUAUAUUCAUGUUUCUCCAGCUAUAAAGGGGCCUUCAAACCAUAACAAUUAUUAAUACAUUCUAAUCGUUAUAAAAUAUUAUGUAAGAAUGGUGUAGGUGAUUUACUAGACUGAUGGUCCCGAUGAUUUUUAACUUCGAUCUUGGUACACAGCUUAUUCUGAUCAGAAUUGUGUUCUUCAUUCCGAAAUACCUUGAGAUUAUUGCUCACUGUAUACUGUGGCCAGCUAUGUGAUAAGAAGAUGUGAACUAAUGACGUAUUUCAUUGUGUUAGUCCAGCAGUAAUCAAACAAAUCCUUACGGUUCGUUAAAGGAAAUAGUUAAUAACUUUAUCAGUCUUUGUUGUUGUUUUUUAAAUAUAAACUCUACUGAGUAAUUUGAUUACCUUAAGUAAACUAUCCUGAUUUCACAUUCUCAGCCACUGGAAAGCCGAAAUAAGGGCAUCCAUGUGUGUGUAUGGUGGCUAUAUUGUCUGUUUCGAACUUCCGUAUUAAAUCGUAUACAUUCCUGCAUAAUAAGGCUUCAGUUUGGUCUAAAUUGAACGACGUACUUAUACGUUGAACCUAAGUACAAAAUAUCAAUUAUCUCCGCGCAUGUUAAAUUAAAUCUGUCUUCUCAAUAAACGUUUGUACGACUUCUUUAGUACCAUUAAUCGUUCGUGUGGAUAACUCAUUUAUCUUAUUGUCUGAAGUUCGUUUAUAGUGUGUUAGUGCAUCUUUAAUAGGCUAAUGUGAAAAUAGGUCAACUUGUACAAAUGGUUUCAAAGGUUGUAAAUCUAGUCAUGUUUUAUAAACGUCUGAAGAUCCAAAUAAAA